GAACAAGAUUUUCUAAAACGGCUACUUGCUAGGUUAUCCUUUGCUUUUAUAGUUUAUUUUACCAACUGCCUUAUACGGCUUUCAACGUGCACAUGCGGUUUUGUGGCGUUUCUUGCCGGAGUGCUGAUCCACCACUGGUACUGGUUACAUGGCGUUAAACUAACACGAAAAGAGAUGAUAUUCUUUGAUGAAACAAAUCUACUCGAAACCUCCAACGUUUUUGAAUAUACGUCUGUACCAAUUACGGAGGGUACCACACCCAUCUCUGUUCUACAAAGAACAUUAUGGCCCUGUAUGGGAAACUGCAAGAAGGAGAGAACAAGAAUGGAAAGCAAUACAUUCAGCGAGAACAGCGAACGGUAA